AUGGCGAUCUGUACUUAUAACGCAUGUACGCUUGCAUCGGAAGCGACCACCGAAGAUCUGAUGAUGCAAACGAAGAAGAUUAAGUACGACGUUAUCAGUCUGACCGAGACGAGACAGCGCCACCCACUGAACGCCGUGUAUGUUAAUGGAGAAGAACUUUUCUUAGGAACAUGCGAAAAUAGAAAAGUUGGUGGAGUUGGCAUCCUCGUCAACACGAGUAUGGCAAAGAACGUCGACUCUUUCGAAGAACGUACUACCCGAAUCGGGCGUCUGCCGAUGAAAAGAUAUGGUCAUAUCAAGAUAGGAAGAGGAAGAAGUCCAAGGUUUCUGUAUGGACCUAAAAGUUCUACGGAGAAGAACAUUUUUCAACAAGAUCAUUGUUGGUGA